AUGCAUGCAGUGUGGAAAGAGCUUCAGACAGAGUGGGAACCUGACUGCACAUCAAAGAACCCACACAGGGGAGAAACCGUUUACAUGUAUGGUGUGUGGGAAGAGUUUCAGUCUCAAUCACCAUCUUACUUUACACCAAAGAACCCACACAGGGGGAAACCACAUACAUGCAUGGAGUGUGGAAAAAGCUUCUGUACCAGUAGUUUCCUUAUUGUACAUCAAAGAAAGCACACUGGGGAGAAACCAUUUAAAUGUACGGAGUGUGGAAAGAGCUUCAGCCAGAGUGGAAACCUUACUAAACAUCAAAGAACCCACACUCAAGAGAAACCGUUUCAAUCCAUGGUGUUUGGAAAUAGUUUAAGCCCCAAUUGCCAGCUUACUUUGCAUCAAGAAAAACACGCAGAGGAGAAACCAUUUAAAUGCAUGGAGUGUGGAAAAAGCUUCAGUCGUAGGAGUAAGCUUACUUUACAUCUAAGAACCCACACGGGGGAGAAACCAUUUAAAUGUAUGGAGUGUGGAAAGAGCUUCAGCCAGAGCGGAAACCUAACUGCACAUGAAAGAACACACACAGGGGUGAAACCAUGUAAAUCUGUGGUGUUUGGAAAGAGUUUGGGACUCAGUCAUCAUCUCAAUUUACAUCAGGGAGCCCACACUAGGGAAAAACUGCAUAAAUGCAUGGAGUGUGGAAAGAGCUUUCGUGCGAGUAGCAUCCUUAUUGUGCAUCAAAGAACACACACUGGGGAGAAGCCAUUUAAAUGUUCAGAGUGCGGAAAGAGCUUCAGCCAAAGUGGAAGCCUUACUGCACAUCAAAGAACCCACACAGCAGAGAAACCAUUUAAAUGUAUGGUGUGUGGAAAGAGUUUCAGUUUCAAUUACUACCUUACUUUACAUCAAAGAACGCACAGUGGAGAGAAACCGUUUAAAUGUAUGGAAUGUGGAAAGAGCUUCCGUUGGAGAACUACACUUAUUUUACAUCAAAGAGCCCACACUGGAGAGAAACCAUUUAAAUGUAUGGAGUGUGGAAAGAGCUUCAAACAGAGUGGAAGGCUUACCGCACAUCAAAUAACCCACACAACAGAGAAACCAUUUAAAUGUAUGGUUUGUGGAAAGAGUUUCAGUGUCAAUUACUACCUUACUUUGCAUCAAAAAGCCCACAUUGGGGAUAAACCAUAUAAGUGUAUGGAGUGUGGAAAGAGCUUCAGCCGGAGUACUACACUUAUUGUACAUCAAAGAACACACACUGGGGAGAAACCAUUUAAAUGUUUGCAGUGUGGAAAGAGUUUCAGUCGACGGAGUACACUUACUGUACAUCAAAGAACACACACCAGGGAGAAGCCCUUUAAAUGUAUGGAUUUUGAAAACAGAAGCUUUAUAGAACAUCAUAAAACAGACACUGGGGAGAAACCAUUAGAAUGUAUGGAGUGUGGAAAGAACUUCCGUUGUAGAAGUGCUCUUACUUUACAUCAAAGAACCCACACGGGGGAGAAACCAUAUGAUUGCAUGGACUGUGGAAAGAGCUUCAGUCGUAGGAGUACACUUAUUAUACAUCAAAGAGGCCACACUGGUGAGAAACCAUUUAAAUGCAUGGAGUGUGGAAAGGCCUUCAGGCAUAGCGGAAGCCUUACUGCACAUCAGAGAAUACACACCGGGAGAAACCUUUUAAGUGUAUGGAGUGUGGAAAGAGUUUCAGUCGAAGGACUACACUUAAUAUACAUCAGAGAGCCCACACUGGGGAGAAACCUUUUAAAUGCGUAG